AUGGAUUUCUCAGAUAUCUUUCGCAUAGUCAACUUCGCUGUUGCGGUGUUCAUGCUGCUGGGCGGCGUUGCGAAGUUGCUGCCCUUUAACGACUUCUCAAAUAUCAUUCUGGGAGUGUAUUUGAUCAUUUUUGGUCUUGAGGUCCAGAUUCCCCAACAGGUGGCGCGAUAUGCGUCCUUCAUGUUCUCGUUCCUCGGACGUGGGCUGUUCUACAUUUUCAUUGGAUCGGUCAUCGUCGGUGACAGGUGGUUCCGUAUCGUGCCAGGAACACUGGUUGGUGUUGUUGGCGUUGCAUACGUGGUCCUGGAGUAUAUUCCGUCUAUCGAGCCCCCUGCGAACAUGCGGGAUGCCGAUGCAGGCUGGGGCGCUGAGCAGGUGUAG